GCAAUUUCCUGUUGCAGUUUGACAGACACGCCUGUACUUCGAAACCACAGCUUCUGUGCCUUCGCUUUUGCCGUUUUAUUCUUAAAGCAUGGGGAGCAUAGUUGAGAUAUUACUGUGGGCCUUGAUUAUCCUGGACUCAGGGGGGUGUUCAGUCUCACUACCAGAAAUCACUGAUGGAAACUUCAUUCAUCAGUGUGUGAUGGAGCACAACAGCGCACGGUCUGCUGUUAGUCCAGCUGCAAGUAAUAUGCUCUACAUGACAUGGGAUGAAGGCUUGGCCAUCACUGCAAGAGCGUGGGCAAGACACUGUCUAUUUGAACACAACACCUUCCUCAACGAUGUCCGCCGAGUGCAUCCUACCUUCAGCUCAGUAGGAGAAAACAUAUGGACAGGCUACCCGCCAUCAUCUUUUGAUGUGGCACAUUCAAUUAAACGUUGGGUGGAUGAAAAACAAGACUAUGACUACGACAGCGACUCCUGCACUAAAGUCUGUGGCCACUACACACAGGUUGUGUGGGCAAGAAGCUACAAGGUUGGUUGUGCUGCCCAGCUGUGCCCAAAUGGUGUCAAAAACACUGAAUUUGGUUCUAGAGAGAGUGUCAUUUUUGUAUGCAACUAUGCUCCAGCGGGUAACGUGGCCAGAAAGAAACCAUAUGAAACCAAGGGUACAGAAUGUUCUGGAUGUGAAGGCAAAUGUGAAAGUAGACUCUGCCGUAGCCAAGAACGUGAUUCACAGAAAAGCUACAACUGGAGCCCAGACUGGGACCCUGCCGUGGCUGUCAGUGGCUCCAACUAUGUCUCUAUUCUGAUUGCCCGACCCAUUGCCCUCAUCUUCACCUUCAUCACAGCAUAUGUAGUCCACCACUUUUACCCUGAUGUCUUCUGCUACGAAUAGACCACCUAUGAAGGACAUGGACUUAUUCAGUCAGUGCCAAGGAAGAAUUCUCCUGUGGCCAACUCCAUGUCAACCUACAACAAUGAUCCACACAGUUAAAAACUUAAGUUCAAAUAAAUAGUUUAAAUAUGCAGAAAUAGCCACUUUAGCAUAGCUUUUUAUAAUGCAGUUCAAUGUUGUGUGAGCAAGUGUGCACUCGUGGGAUAUGCUACGUUAACUUUAGCUCUUGCAGCAAGUAAAGUGAGUAGUGUUAAUGUCCAUGAAGCUGUUAUUCAAAGUUCUGACCUUGCUGUCUGGCUGGGAUGGAGGGAAUGGUGUGUACUCCUUCUUCACACUCUUCUUCUUGGGCUCCCUGCGCUUGGCCAGGUUCUUGUGGCGGAACUUGGGCAGGAAGCGUUCCCAGCUCUGCACCCGCAGUUCGGGGUCUCUGGACAGCUCCCGUUUGAUCAUCAGUGUCUGAUGGUUCCAGCGUAUAUGAGAAUAUGAAAUGGGGGGGUGGAGUAAAAGUGAUAAAAAUGUGAUACUUUGGUGAGGUUUACUUUCAUGCCACAACAAAAUAUAGUUUUAUUACCAGCAGCUAUCAAUGCUGAAUCACACUGGUUUAGUGGUAACAGUAAGACUUCUACAGUUAGGUGAGGCCGUUACAAACUGAUAAAACCUGCAUUAACCUCUCAACUGUUGUUUGUCCAAGACAGAUCACCAGUGGAGAAGUUGCUGCAAGGCUCUCCAGGUCGAGUGUGCCGGCAUGUUCGUAAAAUGUGUUUGUAUUUUUUGUUUUUCUUUUAAAAAAAAAAAAAAAAAAAUCAUAUGAAGUAGGGGUCAAAUACUGAAACUACUAACCAGCCCAGACAAUUUUAGCCAUUCGGUUGUGUUAUGCAAGUAGCAGCUAAUGUAGCCCUGCUCUUCUAGCGUAAAGCAUAACCUCAGAUUGGUUCAUUUUCAAACUCUUCCUUCAGCUUCCACUUGACCAAAAAAAGCUUUAUGCAACUUUAUUUAAAUAUGCAGUAGUACUUGCCAACACUGGUAAACACACAUUUAGGUGUGGAAUUGGUGGAGUUCCCCUUAAAGGUGUAAAACGUCAAUGCCUGUAUAUAUUUAUAGUUUCAUAAAAACUAUUUUAAUUUGAAGGCAGUGGUCUUUACUGCGGAAGAACCACAGGAAAUAGUGACAUUAGCUUAUGAAAACAUUCAGAUGUUUUUCAGCACUUUUUGCCAGAAAGAUUUGAAAUGGACACAAUGAUUUCUUAUUACAUCUCUAACAUGAUGAAGGUGCACAGGUCUGAAAACAACAACCUCAGUCAGAGUUAUGUAGUUAAGCAGUUUAGAUACAAACAAGAUGGAUCCACACAUGUAGUGGUUAGAUGUAGACCAGAAGUGUUUGGGCACUCAGUUUGUAAGGCGUGUUCAGAAUAUGUUCCCAAGACUAGUAAUCCUACAUGACAAAGUGUGGCUGAUUCUCUCGUGCCCUCAGCUCCAGGGUGAGCCAGCCUUGGCAUACAAACCCAGAGAGAUUCAUUUCAGUCAGGAGAUCAAGAACAAGGAUGGAAAACAUCUUCAUUGGGCAUGAAUGCAGCCUGUCCAAACAUUUCAAUCCAUCCAGUACUUUUGCCUUUUAGCUGAUUCUGUCAGCAGUUUGAUCAUACCUUGAUGUUGUAGAUGGGGUGAAUGUUCUUCAUCGUGUCCAUCACCACUUUGCGUACCUGAACAACAUAGAGAGACAUGAGACAAUGCUUCUACAUCCUGUGUUCUUUGUGUAAAAAUGUAUUCUGUUUUAGUAUUCAGGCUUAAUAAAACCCAACUCAUUAUGAAA